CUGUGCAUUCAUUGGUUUUUAUCCUCUCGCGAGAUCUGAUACAUCUGUGGGCGGAGGAGCCGGAGAGUUCUAUCUACGCUGCAGGAAAAUGAGUGAAUCUUUGGUUGUGUGUGAUGUUGAUGGAGAACUGGUAGAAAAGCUCCGCAAGUUUCGUUUUCGGAAGGAGACCAAUAAUGCUGCCAUUAUCAUGAAGAUUGAUAAAGAUAGACAAUUGGUCAUCCUGGAUGAAGAACAUGAGAACAUCUCUCCUGAUGAACUGAAAGAUGAACUUCCAGAAAGGCAGCCACGAUUUGUUGUAUACAGCUAUAAGUACCAGCAUGAUGAUGGUCGUGUUUCUUAUCCUCUCUGUUUCAUUUUUUCAAGUCCUUUAGGGUGCAAACCUGAGCAGCAGAUGAUGUAUGCUGGAAGCAAAAACAAACUUGUACAAACGGUGGAACUUACAAAGGUGUUUGAGAUAAGGAACACAGAAGACCUGACUGAAGAGUGGCUUCGUGAGAAACUUGGAUUCUUUCGUUAGACUGCGGCAGUGUGGUAACGUGUUGUUACCAAGGGAACAAAUUUAUUUUUUUGACACAUGACUUUCAUGUAUGUGUUUUUUUUUUUUAUUGUAUUAUUUUUGAUCAUUCAACUAUUCUAGAACCCAGUGGUAACAGUUUUGUAGAAAACGAAAAGAAUGGUCUUAGACCAGUAACCAAUAUAAUACUUUAAAAAAAAAAAAAAGUGUACCAUAUUACAGAGUGUUGUUCUCAUUAAAUCUUCUGUUCUUGGCCUCCACGUGUUUGCAACAUUGUGCCAGUAAAUUGUGAUCCAGUUCAAAUGUCUUUAUUUCCUUUUAAGUUUCUAGUAUGCAUUGCAUACAGUGCUAUAAGCAAACCAAAAUGAAUAACCUUAACCAUUAUUGUCUUUAUUGCUAAUGUCUAACAUCUCCUUCCAAAGGCAAGGGUAAUAUAUUUAGCUUGUGAAUGCAAAGUAUUCUGUGUUAAUUGGGUUAAAAGGAUUUAAGACCAUAAAAUCAUUUUACUUCUGCAUUUAUAUGUAAAAUUGCAUUUGGAAUGUUCAUGCCACAUGCAUUAGGCACUUCCUUUGAUAUGGACACACGUAUUUGAAAGUUGAAUUUUACUAUAACAUAGAGAGCCAUUUUAUGGUUAAGAGAAAACGUUCUCCUCAAAUAAAAUUAUUUGUGAUAGCAAUUGAUUAUUAUAGUUAAGUUUGUUUAUCAUUGCCAUCUUCACUGAGAUGGGAUACAUUUUGACCUUAGUUUGUCUUUUUUCGGUAUUUUAACAUUCUUGUGUUUUUAUAAGGGUUUUCUAUACAGUAGACGCUUGUGUUACUACCAUCCAGUCACCUAUAGGCUUAGUUGGCUAGAUGCAUCAGCUGUAAGUUGUUGUUGUUUGCUUUAGGAUAACCUGAUAUACACUUAAUGGUAUUACUUUUUUGGUAUAUGUUUGUAAUUGCCAUGAUCCUAAAAGCAGUUACUUUCUAUAAGUGAAUUAUUAGACAGGUUUUUAUGCUUUAUUAUCUGUGAACUUGUGUUUUUCAUAUAAAGUAUCUGAAAAAUAGAAGGCCAAAUUUAAAGUGUGCUAAUAGGUAACUGUUAAAUGUUUUAGUCAUAGUGCUCUGGCUAUAACAUACGUAUGCAUGUAUUUCAUGCUUUUUGCAUUGUGGGCCUCGUUUCCCAUGGCUUAUGUUCACUACUGGCUGGAGAUGCACUCUCAUGUGGUUUUUGUCGGUAGUAAAUACAGAAAGAACUUUCAGGCUAAAUAAAACUAUCUGAUGGCCUUUUGUUGAGCUGAAUCACAUGCUACCCUGUUCCACAUUUUCUUAUUAAUUUUUGACUUACUGUACUGAACUCUAAGCACUGUAUUGGUGCCAAGAAAGACUUGUAGGAAAGUAGAAUGUGUUAUAUUUUGAUACAUGUGAGGUUUGUUUCAGGUACUCCUUAUUCAAAAGAAUGAAUAUGGUGUUCUUAAAUUACCUGCAGAUGUACUUGAAAUACAUUGAGUUGUUGGGGAGGGUCUUGCAUGCAAAAGGAGGAAGAUAUUUAAAUAAUUCCAGCUUUAGAUUUUUAUUAUCCAGAUGAAGUGUUCAUAGCAGCAUAGAUAUUUUAGAAAAUCACACAAUAUUGUGUCUAGUAUUUCGUAUAAAAAAUUGCUGAAAUACAAGUUUAGAAAUUAAAUAUCCAUUUCAACCCUAAAAUUGUUCACAUUAUGCCCUAUUGAAGAAUGACCCAAAACAAUUACAAGUGACAAAAACAAUCCUAAAAACGUUUGCUAUUCUUGCAAAAAAACAUGUUGUAAACUUUAUGAAAAUGGACCUAAAACAGUUCAGUGGGAGACCAUGCUGUCUUCUCAUUCAUUACCAUGCACAAUUAUUGUAUGAAAUUAUUUAAAGUUAGAUUUUUAAGAUCUUGUCAGUGUUCAGUCAUAUCCAACAGCACUUGAAAAUGUGCCUAAUAACAAGGAAUUGUGCAAUCAUUUCUCAUUUGUCUUCCAUAUUCUGCUGUGAGAACUUGUCAAAUUCCUGACAUAACACAUAUUUAUUAUAGUUUACAACAUCUGUCUCUUAUCCCUUUGUUUUUGUUUAGCUUUGAGUAAAACACUUAAUCCCUCAUGAUCCAUUCUUUAUCCAAAGUGGGUUUAAUUGUUUAACUAUAACUUGCAUGGGGACCAAAAAUAUAUACGGCAAUGUUUCCUGCAGAUAUCUUUUAAUUUAUUGAAGUGUGGGAUCACAAACAUUCAAGUGUUUCCAGACCUUCAGUAGGGCAUGGCUGUCCUUUGGACAUAGACAUGAAUAGUAAGUCUGGGGUGAAGAGACUUUUAACAUUUCAUGUCCUGAAGUGUUUUUGGUGACCAUAACCUCAGACAUUAAAACAGCCGCUUGCAACUACUGAAUGCAUAUAAAGCAAUUGGUAGAUACAGUUUGGAUGUGUUAUUUAUUUGUUUCUUCUCUGUGUUGCCCAAUUUUUUGUACUAUCUGCAAUUUUUAUUUUUUUUUAAUAGCCAAAUAAAUGACACAUUAGUUUUUCCCUUGUCCUGCUUUGUAUCUUUGUGAGGUCAUGCUUUAAGAACAAGAUUGCUCAUUGUACUGGAAUAAAAUUUCUCACAAGUGUAGAAACUUGUGUUUGUCAUUAGGACUCAUUGUUUUACAUGUGUCAAGUUUUACAGGGUCUGCUUUUACUUUUAAGGGCAUUGUAAGUCUUGAACAUUCAGAAGCAGUAAUUACUGCUAGAAGUGACCAUCUUUUGUACUUUUACUGUUAACUGUACUAAUCUUGUAUUGAUGGAUAUGAAUUAAUAUGAAUACGUAAUUACCUGUUGUAACACAAUUUACCAGCUCAGUGGCUAUUUCAAUCGUCUCAUGUCUGUGACAUGCUGGGCUAGAUAUAAUCUUGUGAGUUUAGGAUAAGUAUUUAUAUUGUUAUAUAUAUUUACUGUUCUUGAAGAUGCAGCACUUUUCAAAGCCCUUUGCCUUGUGUGGUUUAAUGUAAUUAUAGAUGAUUUUCCUACAUACUUCCAAUCAUGGGGUGAAUGAAGGUGUCUUUAUUCUUUUUUUAACCUUUGUAAAAACUUUGCUGAAGACACCUGACCAACCUAAACAAGCCUGAUCAUUACCACAGUAUGAUGAAUCCUGGAUUGCUUAGUCUUUUCCCCAGGCUGAAUGUUGUGACUUUGAUUUAUAGCAACAUAAUAAAUAAAGAUGCUUUUGUCAUUCAGCCUUUGACUUUGUUAAAGAUACUAUCAGUCUAACCUUGCUGGAAUUCAAAAAAACUUUAGCUUGUUUUAAUGAUUCAAGGCAUUUCUUGGCUAUAAUUUUUUUUUGCAAGAAGGGCUUAAGGCAACUUUGUGCUGUUUUAAUUUCAAUUUGUUUGUUGUACUGACUCUUUGACCUCUCGGACUGAAUAAAAUCAUUCAUUACAGCAACAGGCAAGGAUCAGAAAGAAUAGUUUUUAAAGUUGUAAGACUUUCAGGAUGUUAAGCACCACCAUUGUUUUAAUGUAUUUAUAAACUGUUUUCUCGCUAGACUUGGAUAUAAUGUAUACUGUGUAUAACCAAAAACAUACGCAGUCAUUUGAAAAUAUGAACCCUUUUUCUGAAUUUAAAUGCACACUUGCUUGCCCUGUUUUAACUCUCAUUUUUGUAACCAUAAUUGUAAAAGUCACUGAAGCCCUUUCUGUAGCAUCUUCCUCACAUUCAUCUCCUGAAAUUUGCCAUUCCUUAGGUAUUAAACCAAAUUAGUAACUGUCUCCAGUUUAAUGAUCUUAUUUUGUUACUUUUUGAAAUGUAAAAUAUAAAUCUACUUUAAAUAUGAAUAUCUUUUCUCUUGUUAAAAUUAAGUAGAUGUAUCUAAUGCCUGUUUUUAUAUUUAAAUAAGUGUUUAGUUUUGGCCCAAAUUGGCUGUGAAAAUUAUCUCCGAAUGUGCACUGUUUUGUGAAUGCAUGGUUGCUUCAGUUUGCUAAAUGCUAUCUCUGAUACCUUAAAAACAGGUCGCGCAUCGGAAAUCUUCCCUCAUAAGGAUCAUAAAAUGAUUCUGUAUUUUGUUCUAUUUAAUAACCAUAUAACAAUAUUAAGUGAUAGUUUUUAAUGGCUAAAAAUAUAUUUCUAACUUAACCAAGGUAUUUUUAAAAUCUAGUGGUUAAUCAGACAUUUAUACAUUAUUUUAAUUGGUGAAUAUUGUGUUUUUUUUUUUAGAGGCUAACAAUUUAGACAGUCUUCUGCUAGAUGGAUACAUAAAACUUUAUUAAUUCCUUGGGGAAAUUUGAAAAUUACUGAUUGGCUGUUGAAAAUUAAUUUUCCCCACAGCAGCCGUAUUAAAAUAUAUUAAUUUGUAACUAUGAUGUAGUCUUAAAUCUUUCUAGUGUUUGCAUUAGAAUUUGUAUUCAGGCUUUUGAACUUUAGGCACAGAUCAUUUUGUCUCCACAAUAACAAAACUAACAGCACUUUGCUAUAUUAGAAUGUGCUCUAGUAUUGCGUUGUAAAAACUUUAAACCUUUGUCCAAAUCAGGAACAUAAUAAAUCAUCUCCAUAUUUAGUGUGCAGCAACAAAACAUUAGUCUUUUUUUUUUUUUUUGCAAUAAACUGCAACCUUUAAUCAUACCUCAUGUUUAAUAAAUGUUAGUGUGUUAUCUGCAUAGAAGUUUUAAAGUGACUUAUGUAGUUUACUGAAACUGGAUGUAAUUUACUGAAUUGGAUAUUCAUGCAAAAUUUUGUUUCAGCUUUCAAUGUGUAGUUUUGUUUUGUAAACUGCUUUUUUAGAUAAACGUGGUAUCGAUUUUUUACAUUCAGAAAUGUAUUUUUUUAAUUUGACCAGUAAACUGGAUAUAUUUGUGGACUUUUUUUUCUGUAUUUUCUAAUGAAGUUCAAAGAAUUUGGUUAAGUUUCUCCUACUUGAAUAGUUUAAUAAAUAAGUGAUUAAUUUACAUGAUUUUGUAAAACAGUGCAGUAUACGCAGUUUACAGACUGCCAAAAAUCAAGGUGACGUUCUACUUCUCUGCUCUGACAUAUACUGUAUGUUAAAAGCUAAAAUCCAAUGAGAAGGUAAGCAAAAUGGCACCUUUUAUUGGCUAACCAAGUAGAUUACAAUAUGCAAGCUUUCAAGGCAGCUCGGGCCCCUUCUUCAGGGAAGAUGUAAUACAGAAAGUGGAGUUAGCUCUGUUUAUACAGUAUAUACACCAGGAAAGAUGCCCACUUUUAAAACCCUUCUGAGACAUCCUCAGUGUUAUUAACAGACCUCCCCAAUCUAAAGGUCUGUUUAUAUUUAAUAUUAUAGCUGCAUCAUAAGCUUUUUUAUUAGUUAGCCAGUAAAAGGUGUCAUUUUGCUUUGCUUCUCAUUGCAUCCGUAAAUGACUAACAGGGUACAUUACUCUUACUACUACAAAGCUAAAGUAGAAAUGCAUUUUUUUUUUCCUUCCUGUAAAAAUAAUGGGAAGAAUUCCAAUAAAGAAAGCACAUUACUUGCUCUAAUGACAGAUCUUAAAGGAACUGGAUAGUUUCUGGUUAGUUUGUAUUUCUUUUGCUAUAUGCUGCUUAGAAUAUUUAGAUUUAUUUCAUACAGCUCACCAGUUUUCUGUUUCUUGCCUGGUGCACUUGUGGUCUGUGUACAAAUCAGUAGGACAUGGGUGUGUGAAAUCUGUGUUUUGUUAUUUACCUCAAAAGACGUGCAAAGUUAAAUCUACAAAUAAAAACAAUGCAUUGAUGUUGA